CGCAGUUUACAAUCAACUGCGUUACAGCGUGCUCAGCUGUACCGUUAGGCUAAGUUCUGCUUCCUUAAGUUAUUUGGGUUAGCUUGCUUGAAAUACCAAUUUCCAUCCUCUUCCAGAUUGCUAUUUGUUUGCUUAUGAUCAUAUCAGCCGUUCAGGAUAGUAUUUAUUUUCCAACACUUGUCGAAUUUUAAAAAGAAGCUUCAAAAUAAAAGUAACUUAGUCAAAAGAAAUGAUGGCUUUACGGCGUCUAACAACUAAUGUGUUGUGUCUAAGAUCGCUUACUUUAUGCUCAAGUGAAACUAGAUUCUUUUCUGCCAACUAUCAACUGUCAGGAUUGUCUGGAUCCCCUGUUUUGUGCCCUGUGAAAUCACAGUCUUAUAAUUUCGUAUACAAUGCCGCUUCCGCAUUAGGACUCUACGUUCCAUGUCGUUACAGCACUAUAUUCAGCGAUUAUCCUAGUGAUAUGUUAUGGGAAGGUGUAACUGGACCAAAAGGAGGCUCAAAAAAACGUGCAAGAGGAAAACGCAGAGUUACAAGACAAAAAAUAAAUCUUCAUGUGGGACAGAGAUUAGGUUUCGGCAAAGCCUCCAUACAAUGGCCUGGUCUUAAUACUCCUGCAUCUUCAACUAUCAAGAAAGGUGACUACAAUGAAGAGUAUUUCGAAAGGUUAGAAAUGCUUCGUAAUAAAUCUGCCGUGAAAAAGAAACGCAUGAAAUUAACUCCUUUACAACGUGGUUGGACAGGAAAGCUAUUGGGAGGACAAUCUGUUGGUCCACCUACACCAAAUAACCCAGAUUUCGAUUGUUUUGUUAUCGAGUCAAAAGUUGUCGCAACAGUGACUGCAACAAAAGGACGUUAUCGCCGAUUUUCAGUUGUUGUUGCAACUGGUAAUGGACAAGGUUUAUGUGGUAUUGGUAAAGCAAAAGCUUUAAAUAUAUUAUCUGCAACUCGACGUGCUAAAUUACGUGCCUCACAAAAUAUUAUAUCAUUUGAUCUUAAAGAAGGAAGAACAUUAUGGCAUGUUGGAUAUGUUUGUCAAUGGAACAGUAAAAUCUUUGCAGCUCCUCUAUCAGAAGGUGCUGGUCUAAAAUGUCAUCGUAUGAUUAAAACAUUAUGUCAAGUUAUUGGAAUUAAAGAUAUGUAUGCUAGAGUUGAAGGUAGUACAAAUAAUUAUCAAGCAAUAGCCAGAGGUUUUUUACGUUUAUUAAAACAACAAAAAACGUAUGAAGAUUUAGCUAACAGUUUAGGACUUCAUGUCGUAGAAUUUGCUGCUGAUCGUGAUAUGUAUCCGCAUGUAUUGGCAUCUCCUGCAUGUGGUCAUGCCAAUGAUUUUAGCAAGAAUAAUGUCAAUGAGUCUGGUGAUUCGUCUGCUGUGAUCCACUCAAAAUCUUAUGAAUUACCUCAAAGACUUCCACUGAUAGUUCCACAGAAUCCGACACAUCAUAAACCGCGUAAACCCAUACCUGAAGAACAUGACAAUUUCUUGGAUGAUUUAAUUGGUGUUGAUGAAGACACAACCACAGAAACUAAUAUUUCGGAAUUAUUAGCAGCAGGUGAACGUGAUUUAGAUGCUCUUAUGUUGGGAGGACGUGUCCCACUAAAGAAGAGUUCAUCUCACCAUGGACAAAUUACUAACCCCAUGGUUAUUAAGCGAAAAGCAGAACGUCAUCGUUAUCGUAACCAGCAAGUUGUCAGACUUGAGAGAAACGCUCAUAUAACAUUGUCUGUAAAUUCUGUUUAACUAUAAAAGCUUGUAUAUAUAUUUCUAGAAUAAAGUUUUAAUAGGUAUUUUA